UCAAGUGGGUCUCUUGGUUUAGAGGAGAACGAAACCAUGGCGAGGAGGCUGUCCGUUAUCGUUCUCUCCGUUGGGUUGAUGAAUUUGGUCUCCGCUUCCGUGACCCGUCACGGUUAUGAUGGAUUUUCAUCUGUAGGGUCAAGACUUGAGGUCCACGGAUCAUCCGUGUACAACCGCGGGCUCCCCGGGCACGAGAGAGACCUCCUCGACCAGAAGAGGACUUUGGCUGGAGGUCUCUCUCGCACAUUAAAGACUGUUCCACCAAAUGUCAAGGAUGGGAUUACACCUGAACCAGAGCAACCAGUUCCGAGGAGGGGGAAGUGGUGCUCCGUUGUGCGUUCCCGGGUGGUGACGUACGUGGACUUGUGCAGGACAGAGAAGUACGUGAUAAGGUCUCAGCUGCCCUGUCCAAACGGGACUCCAGAUUGCCAAAAAAUUAUGUAUCGUCUGGCUCAGAAACCAGUGUAUGAAAUGAAGAGGAAAGCAGUUACCAGCUUGGAUUGGAGAUGUUGCCCGGGAUUCGUUGGCACGACCUGCGAGCUCCCAGAUCCUAAUUCUAUCCAGAUCCCGGCAGAAUUCUCAGCACGGCCGGAGACAGAAGAGCAACAUCCGCUAAACCAAGAGGUCUCUGAGAUAAUGCAAGAAAUUCAAAGCCAAGAAACACUGCUGGAGAACAUUCAGAACGACAUCCACCAGGCCUCCGGUAACCUCCUGGACUUGCACAAUGCACUAGAGCACAAUGUGACAAUUCCAUCGAAUGAGACUAAAUUGGGUAAGAUGAGCAGGGAUCGGUAAAUAUUUACGGUCGAGGUAUUUCUUCCCCAUGUAGAACAUUUCCUUAAGGAGCAUUUUAGCCCAAUGUUCAGCAGUUUCAAUAAGAGCCUUCAGAGCCUUUCCUUCAUGGUGAAGAACCUCUCUGAGAACGUGGAAACCAACAGGAUCAGGUUGGACAAAUUCCUGGAGAACACGGUGCCGAAAAGAGACUUCCAGGAGCUGGGGUCGAAGUUUGAGUCAAAGAUAGAGGAAAACAUGGUCAAGCUUGAACAAAUGAAACACGACAUGGGCAGCCAACUGCAUGCGCAGCAGGCCGGGAUCCACCACAACUUAACGAUGAUUAAAGCGGAAACAGACGUGAAACUGAAACGAAACCAGAAACUCCAACAGACUCAGUUCAUGCAGCUCAACCUUAGCAUCUCGGAGCUCCGGAGGGAGCAGGAACAGUUUCAGGAUGAUCUUCAGGAAAUAACCCAAAACAUGACAGAGCUGCGGGAAUCCUGCUGCCCGAGAAGAGCAGAAACCAACCAACACGUCAACGAGACUCUUGCGGAUCAUGAAAGGCAGCUUAAAGACUUAUAUACCGAGUCGGACGCAGCGUUCGAAAACAUUUCCACUCUGGAGAAAUGGUUCAAGGAACUGAGGACCGACUUCAGGAAGAACGCGGAGGAGGUUCAAGUUUCAUUCAUGGAGAAGAGUCUCAUCAUGGAGGAGAAUAAGGAUUUCCUUCUGAAGCAAAUGAUGGAGUUGAAUUAUACCAUUGCUGGUUUGCAGGAAAGCGCCGACGAGCUGUUCAGAAACUGCGACUGUCAAAAGAUGACCUUGGACAUUCUGUCUCUAGAAGAAGCCCAAAAGAACUUCUCCAAUCUCUAUAAAGACGUUUUGUACGGGAUAGAAGAGGUGAGGCAAAAGGAAGGGAGUUCUAAAACGUCUCUCCAAAAUUCCUUCGAAGACUUGUCUCUGGCUCUUCAACUCAAUCGCCAGUCACUAACGGCUCAGCAAGAACAAGGAAGAAACCUAAUGAAUGUCACGACCCAGCUGCAAACCAAAGCCAAGGCCUUCGCAACUGAUGUAGAACUUCUGAAGGAGGACAACGACAAAAUCCACGACCACAUCAAACUCCUCGACAGCUCUUUCAGCUCUCUCCUGCAGGACGCCACGAGACACGACAGAGCCUUGGAAGCGUUGCUCGGAGAUGAACUUUUAGAGGAGUUUUCAGAAGACACCUCUGAGACUCUGCAGAUGACAAUACUGCAGAUGUACCAGAUUCUGAAUGAAACCCAAAACAGGCUCGAAAAGCAGCAGCAGAAAACCGAUUCCCUGGUGGACAGGGUGCAUUACCUGGAAACGCAGCCUCGGAGCCGAGACCCGCUGGGAUCUUCUACGAUUUUCAAUGUCCAGCAGGGGGUGACGAAUGAUGGCCCGUUUAAGAAGAGAAGUCUAGUGCACAUGGAACCAAGCCAUGAAGCUUCAAUGGAUGAUGAAACCACCAACGGAGAUGUCGCCAUCUUGAAAAAUGACAUUAAGCACUUAAGCGGCAAAAUGAAAAAGCUGGAAUCUUACUUUAGGGAUGGAACCUUCUGUAACGACACCGUACUUAAUGCCCUGAGACCAUUGAAUGUAUCUGUUGGAUCCAUGAAGUCGGAGAUUGUUGCCUUGAGAGGACUUUUUGACGGACACGUGCAAUCUUUCCAAAAGAUAUUCGGCAACUACGAGCCCUUUAUUUCCUCUGAUACGCCUCUCGAUCUCGUGAAGGUCCAAGCCAUCAUUGAUAAGAAAAUGAAGACGAAGCAAAAAGGAGAAGAACCUAAACCUAAGAAGAGCGACCGCCGCUGGCAGUCUGAUGGAGCGGCAGAGCAGACUCCGAAGCAAGGCUCAUCGGUAGCAUUCUCCGCCGGCUUCACGGAUGGAGCAGAAGGCGUCAAAAUUUUAAGAUUCAAAAACAUUCUCUUGAACUACGGCAAUGUUUUCUCGGCGGAGGACAACCAUUUCACCGCGCCCUACCGAGGGGUCUACGCUUUCGCCAUCACCGUGGAUUUUGGUUCCGGAAACGCGCUUGGGCAUCUGGUGUUUGGAGGACGGGAAAAACUAGCCUUAUACAACAGUGCGACCCCUCAGGACGAGAGCGUGAGGCACAGCUUCGCUUUGGUGGAACUCCAAAAAGAUGAUAAAGUAUGGUUCGAGCUUCUUCACGGCUCAAUUAAGAAGAAUUCUUUUGGGACUGUCCUGGCUGGGUACCUGGUCUUCAAAACGUAGAUUAGAUCUUCCAACAGACAUUUCAGAAUUACCCCCUUUCUUGGAAAAAAA